AUGACCAUGAGAGUGCCUUGGGUAGCCUUGUGUGUCGUACUUGUUUUGGUACUUGGGGGAGCUCAGGUGUCUAUGGCGGCAAUCACUUGUAACGCACUUCAGCUGAGUCCAUGUGCAACUGCAAUCACAUCCUCCACCAAGCCUACCCCAAUGUGUUGCAGUAAGUUGAAGGAACAGAGGCCUUGCCUUUGCAAGUACCUGAAGGACCCAAAGCUUCAAAAAUUUAUCAACUCUCCUAAUGCCAAGAAGGUGGCUACCACUUGUGGCACUCCAUUCCCUCGUUGUUGA